UUUCGUAUCAUUCAUAUUUUACGUAUUUAAUAAAUUUGACGGUGACGCCUUACUAUUCAGAAUAUAAUUCUAAAUAUGGCUGGUUUCAAAGAUUUUGUGGUAAAAUUAAUUGCAGCAAUCGUCAUUGUCGGAAUAGCAUCGUUUUGGAGUUGCUUUGUUAUAGCUUCCGUGUUGUAUUCUAUGAUUUCACAUGGACCUCGAAAGGUUUUGUACUUCAAAAAUCGCAAGAAAGAAUCUGCCCCCAUACACUAUAUAGCGUGGGAUGAAGAAACCCGUAAAAAUCCAGGACCAAGCACAAAACCAUGGGAUCAUGCGUACAUUACGGUACCUGAAACGAGAAUGAGAUUCCAUUAUGUUUAUUCUGGAAAAAAGCCCAACAAUGUUGCUAUUUCUGACAUUGACGGGGAAACGAUAAUAGUAGACGAACCUUCUCUUGCUGGCACCAAGCCCAAAUUGAUUCUCUGUCUUCAUGGAUUUCCUGAAAACUGGUUCAGUUGGCGUCACGUCCUCCGAUAUUUUGACAACCCUCCACCAGAAGUAGAAAAUCAUUUUGUUGUGGCGAUCGAUCUUCGAGGUUACGGCGAUUCGGACAAGCCAAAGUCUUCUGCGUCCUACCAUCUUAAUAAUCUGGUAUCUGAUGUUAGAGGUAUAGCCCACGCUUUAGGAUACGAAAAAUUUGUGCUGAUGGGACAUGACUGGGGCGGUAUGAUAGCAUUUAAUGUGGCCAAGAUCUACCCGGAAAUUUUGGAAAAGUGCAUAAUAUUGAAUGUACCUUAUACUAAAGCUUACUAUGAUGUCUUGAAGAAAAAUCCUGGGCAGUUUUUGAAAAGCUGGUACAUGUUUUUCUAUCAGCUACCGUUUCUUCCAGAAUGGCUUUUCCGUUUGUCGGAUUAUCGAUUACUUGGGGCCGCAUUCAAUGGCAAUCGUGGAGGAAUAAGAAAUCGCGAGAAUCGUCUGACUGACGAAGAGCUAGAAGUUUUCAAGUACAGUGUCCGUCACAGUACAAGCGGCCCGAUAAAUUUCUAUCGCGCCAAUGUUUGGCCCUUUUACCAGCCAGGACCAACUUUAUUGUACCCAAGAAUUAGAAGUCAAGAGAAACCUUUGUACGGGGUACCCAUAUUACUGAUUUGGGGCAACAAAGAUGCUUUUCUGACAAAAGAGUUAGCGGACAUCAGCGGGAAAUAUUUUAAUCCCGACAAUGGAAGCAAAGUCGUGUUCGUUGAAGGAGCGAGUCAUUGGGUGCAGCAAGAUGCACCGAAAGAAGCAAUGAAAAAUAUUGUAGAAUUCCUGAAAUGAUUGCUAGCAAGUGUAACUAAUGAAAUAUAUAA